GUGCUCCUCGGCUCCGACAUCCUGGGGCCGCUCUGCUUCGAUGAGGACCUGGUCGGGCCGGAGGAGGCCCGGGCGAUGCGCGAGGCCUGCUGCGGGGACUGGGGCAGGCCCGGGUGCUGGGACUCCUUCUACAGCCCGCAGCGCUGCUGCAGGGGCACCGACGACGCCUUCCGCGCCGCGGCGCGGGGCAUCCGGGAGCGCUUGGUGCGGUGCCUGCAGGGCGAGGGGGGGCAGGUGCCGGAGGGCUUCUUUGAGCAGGCGACCCACUACGCCUUCCGGCCGAGCCAGAAGCUGGGCCGGGCCGCGUGGUGCAUGGCGCGGCAGGGCGAGGUGAGCUCUGCACUGGACCUCUACGCGGGCGAGGGGGGCGGCGUGGAGCUGCUGGCCUCGGGGCUCCGCGGCACUCCGGGCGGCCAGGUUCUGACCUUCGAGUACGCCCCCCGAGAGACCGCUUUCUUCCAGCUCCUCGAGGCGCGGCUCGCUCCGUACGGCCUGCGCGUGGUGGCGCCUGCGGAGCUGGAGAGGCCCGGGGAGCUGGCCUGCGGGGGCAGUGCGAUGCCAGUGGUCGUGGUCAACGGCGCGGCGAUGCCGGCUCCGGAGAUCACCUUGGGGUCCGUGCACAACCUCGGCCCCCCCCUCCUCGCGAAGUCGGGCCAGAGCCCCCCUUCGGGGCAGCCCUCGGCGCUGGAGGCGCUCUGCAGGCUGAUGCUGCCAGAGUUCGUGCUGCUUGACCCGUCGGCCCCCAACGUCCCGGAGUGGCACGUUGUCGAGCGGAGCUGCCGGCCCCUGGCGGUGCUGAUCGGGCACACCAGCCUGCCGUGCCACGCCGGCUGGGUCCGCGACAAGUUGCUGAUGCGGGGGGACUGGGCCGAGGAGGCGCAGCAGCGGCAGACCUCGCAGGUCCACAAGCUCGAGCUUCGGGUGCAGAACCUCGACGACGCCGUGGCGCAGGUCUCGUCGCAGGCGGCCGGCCUGGCGCAGGCUGUGCAGGCCUUCAGGAUGUCGUCGGCCUCAGGAGGCACUGGCGGCAGCGGCACGGAGGCGGCCGCGUUGGGGGCGCAGGCGGUGCUCCUGGAGACAUUGCGUGGCGACCUCGAGCGGGAGGCAUCCCAGCGCGAGUCUCUGGCUGCCGAGCUGCGGUCGCAGCUGCGGGACGUCUUCGCCCAGCUCGCGCAGGCCCGGGGCAAGCGCGAGCCCGAUGGCUUCCGUGACUUCGCCGCUGCAUCGCCGGCGCUGCACCAGCAGGAGGCGCGUCUGGUGGCCCUGGAGGGCCCCGCGAUGGGCGCGUUGCGGGAGGAGACGGAGUCACUGCGCGAGCAGCUCCGUAAGGUGGCCCGCGAGUGCGCCCAGCGCUGCGAGCAGGCGGAGGGGGCCUGCAACGAGCGCGCCGCCGCCGUGCAGGAGGCCGCCGCGGCCGCGGCGCGCGAGCUGUGGGAGGCGCACCAGGGCGUGAUCGGCGAGUGCAAGGCGUCGAUGGCGUCCCUGAAGGACAUCCUCGACGCCAAGGACCGGCUGGGAGAGCAGCUGGAGGCCCUGAAGCAGCAGCAGCGGCAGGAGGACCGGAGCGAGAUCCUGGUCCGGCUGCAGCAGGCCCACGAUGCGCUGGUGGGUCGCAUCGACAAGGUCGAGGCGGCUGCCGUUUCGGAGCAGGCCGCGCGGGCCAGUGGGCAGCAGCAGGCCGACGGCUACAUGCGCCGGCUGGGGCAGGCCCUUGAGGCCGCCCAGGCGGGGUGGAUCAAGGAGACGGGGGAGCUCGGGGCGGAGCUGAAGGAGCUCCGCCGCCUGGCCAGCGGGGACCAGGCGAGGGGCUCCGAGAGGCAGCUGGCGCAGGCCCUGGCGGGCCCGCAGCGCCGCGCCGAGGAGGCGGAGGCGAAGGCCGCGCUGGCCGCGGCCCUUAGCGCUCGGCCGACGCCGAGGAGAGCGUGGCCAGGCUGGCGCGCGCGCAGGA